CCAUGAGCAAAAGGAACCAGGUGUCCUACGUGAAGCCCGCGGAGCCCGCUUUCCUGAGCCGCUUCAAGGAGCGAGUCGGCUACCGGGAGGGGCCUACCGUGGACACCAAGAAGGAGCAGCUCCCGGUACCUGAAGAUGAUGAUAAUGAGAGUGACAAGGAAGAUGAACAGCCACAGGUGAUUGUACUGAAGAAAGGAGACCUGACUGCAGAAGAAGCAAUGAAGAUUAAAAGAGAGACAAAAGACACUUCCGAGGCUGCAGAUGAUGAACCUGAUCCUGCAGAUGGAAAAAUUGUUUUUAGAAAACCGCUCAAGCGUCCAUCAGGAGAGAAGUAUUCUGGUUUGACAGCCAGCUCAAGUAAGAAGAAAAAAGAGACGAAGAUAGUAUCUCCAACCUCCCAAAAUACAAAUAAGCAAGUGAAAAAUUGCAGUUUGCUCUCGUUUGAUGAGGAAGAGAGUGAUGAUUAGGUAAAAAAUUAAGCUGGGUGCGUGAUGGAAACCGAGAGAGAGAAA